AACUAAUAUUAGCUAACAUGCUGAGUCUUUCAAUAUGUGAAUAAGGUAUACUUGUCCAUUUCUCUAGGUUUUUGUUGGUUUCUUUCACAAGCAUUGUACAAUUUUUAGCAUAUAGGUGCUAUUCCUGUUUAUAGCUAAGUAUUUUAUAUAUUUUGUUUGUUUUUGUUUUUGUUUUUUUUGAGACAGAGUUUCUCUGUGUAGCCCCGGCUGUCCUGGAACUCACUCUGUAGCCCAGGUUGUCCUCAAACUCACAGAGAUCCACCUACCUCUGCCUCCCAAGUGCUGGGAUUAAAGGCGUGCACCACCAUAGCCUGGCUGCUGAGUAUUAUUUUUAACCACACUUAGAUUAUGACUGUUUAAUUUUUGUUUUAAUUUCCACAUCUUCCACAUUGGUAGAGUGUUUUAGGAAGGCAGCUGUCGAUUGUGUACUGAUCUUUCACUUGAUAACUUUGUUGAACUCACCUACGUAGCACAAGUGCCCUAAGAGAGUGGAUGGAGGCGGAUCAAAAGAUUUAGAGAUGUGACAAUACAGGGGGUAACUGUGGUGAUGGUCCCAUUUGGUGAUAGGCUUAGAUACUACUUAAACAGGAAGCUGGUGACAGGCAGCUUCCCACCUAAAGCUAGGGCCCUGAACAGAGAAGUCUGAACUGCCCUCUCAAUCUCUCAGGUAGAAUGUCAAGACAUCAAAGUCCCCACCCCAAGGCAGCUCCAGGCCAUAGGAGGAGGGCAUAGGGGCUUAGGUCUUCAGAGUGAGUGUGAACUAUGGCCUGAGGGUAAGCAGGGGUUAGAUAGAUAUGAAAGGAAAGGGCAUCAAAGAGGGCAAAGACCACAGGCCUUAUCAUGGGUCUCAGGGGGACUGGCCCUUGCAGGGCACCACCAGGUUUUUCUCAUUUUUCUCCUUACUGGACAGGACUUUACCUACAAAUGGGGAAAUACAUCUGACAUGCACACAGCCCCACUAAGAACACACAAAAGGCUGGAACCGCACAAUAAGCUUGUUCAGACCCGUAUGAUUGACAGGUGGUACCAUCCAAUAUUGAAGAUAAACAGCAGGAAUGCUGGUAGGUUGAGGCCAGCCUAGGCUACAACAGUGAAACUCCUGCUCAAAACUCAAAUCCCUAAGCCCAAGAAAUGAACAAAAAGGAAUGUUAAUCCUGAGGGCAAGACCAUCGGGAUGUGUUUGAAGGAGAGAAAACCUCUUCACUGAGAGAAAGCCACCUCCUGCCUCUGUAUGGCCAGUCCCCCUAUUCCUCCACAGCACAGCCUGUUCUCUGCCCCACCAGCUGGUCACUCAUUCACACUAGUCUGAAUAGGGCUUUUGGUACACUGGCCUUCUCUUGAACCAGCCAGGCCAGACACAGUGGCAAGUGUCAGAUGACUCUUGUCAACUGCUUUAGGCCAGAGUCAGGCGACAAGGGCAAAUUAAAGAGUCUGGAAGCUAUCUAUCUACUCGCGGGCAGGGAUGGUGUAGUUAGGUUCAGCCUUUCCUCGUCCUCCACCCCGCCUCUUUCUCCUCUAGGAGGAGUCUAGUGACAGGCCUAGAUUGGAGGCUUUUGGAACUGUUCCGGCUCUCCUCCUCCAGAUUGGCCUCAACUUCAACAAUUUGGAGGACCUUUAAGGAAAUGCAGACUUUGCUGAAGUAGAGACCCACUUCCCGCACCUACCACUGCGAACGUGUUCCUAGUACAGGCCACACACACACUUGUAUCCAAGUUACCUCUAAAAGGGAAUUUUUCCCCUCCAGUUUCCACCUUGCCGAGUAAUUCUGGCUUCUUUCACCAAACUUGUCCUUUGGGGCGGAGACUAACCAGAUCAUUCCGCCCCGCCCUGCUCCUGGGACAGCCUGCCUACAGCCUCAGCGCGUUGCAGUGUAUGAAAGUGGGCGGCCUGCGGACACUGGCAUGGCCGGGACUAUGGAUAGGCUGGAAGACUGCAACAGCCCGGAAACAUCUGGGACCGCCGGAGACGCGUUGCCUAGUCCCCGAGUGUAUGCGCGUCGCUGGGUCUUUCUGCUGGUGGUCAGCCUCCUGAGCUGCUCCAAUGCGAUGCUUUGGCUCAGCUUUGCACCUGUAGCAGACACCAUAGCACAGCACUUCUUCCUGUCCAUGGAUCAGGUCAACUGGCUGUCACUAAUAUACUUUGUGUUAUCCAUCCCAUUUGGCAUGGCUGCCAUCUGGGUUCUGGACUCUGUUGGCCUCCGUGGAGCGACUAUCCUGGGUGCAUGGUUGAAUUUUUCUGGGAGUGUGCUACGUGCUGUGCCGUGCUUGCCUGUCAGGAUUCCAAGCCCCUUUGCCUUCUUCAUGAGUGGCCAGAGCCUCUGUGCCCUGGCCCAGACCCUGGUCGUCUCUUCUCCAGCCAAGCUGGCUGCCUUGUGGUUUCCAGAGCAUCAGCGAGCCACAGCUAACAUGAUCAGCACCAUGUCAAAUCCUCUGGGCCUCCUUAUUGCAAAUGUGCUGUCUCCUGCCCUAGUCAAGAAAGCAGAUGACAUCCCUAUGAUGCUUGGCAUCUACAUCGGUCCUGCUGCCCUUGCCUGUCUGUUGGCCACUGUCUGCCUCUGGGAGAGUGUGCCUCCUACCCCACCAUCCACAGGGGCUGCCAACUCUACUUCAGAGAGUUUCCUCCGAGGGCUCAAACUGCUCAUACAGAAUAAGGCCUACGUCCUCCUGGCCGUAUGCUUCGGUGGUGGCAUUGGUGUCUUCUCUAGCUUCUCAGCCCUCCUGGAACAGAUCCUUUGUGCCAGUGGCUAUUCUAAUGAGUUCUCAGGCCUCUGUGGGGCUCUCUUCAUCGUGUUUGGAAUUUUGGGGGCACUGCUUCUAGGCCUGUAUGUGGAUCGGACCAAGCACUUCACCGAAGCCACCAAGAUAGGCCUCUGUCUGACUUCCAUGACCUCUGUGGCCUUUGCUCUGGUAUCCCAGCUGCAGGGACAGACCCUUGCACUGGCUGCCAUCUGCUCCCUCUUUGGGCUCUUUGGCUUCUCAGUGGCACCUGUGGUCAUGGAGCUGGCUGUUGAAUGCUCAUUUCCUGUGGGUGAGGGUGCCUCUGCUGGCUUGAUCUUUGUCCUGGGUGUCCCUGCUGCUGCUGGCCGGCCUAUGUACCCUUUUCACCUGUGUCUUGGUGAUCUUCUUCAACACCCCAUACCGGCGCCUGGAGGCUGAGUCUGGCGGAUCCUCUUCACCCACGAUGUGUGCCAGGGAUCCAAGGACUGUUAGUCCCACCCAAGUGCCACCACUUGAGACUCCUGGCUUGACUCCUCCAGAUGAGGCCUUGAAGGAAGCUCCUGGCCCUGCUUCUGUCUCCAAAGGACAUUCAGAAUGGGCAGAGACUAUGCCCAGAGACGUCUAGUAAAGCAUAGGCUUGCUAGGGUUUCUUUGAUUGUGCAAGCCAUGCUAAAAGCUCUGACAGAGGCAAAGUCGUUAGAAGACCCAGGGUAUGACAGGAUGGCCUUUUGGUCCUCAGGAAGACGAUGAUGGAAUUGGAAAUAACUGGUAUUGUAUGGAUAGUGGUCAGUUAGGAUGGACCCUGGUUAAGCCAUAUGUGUGGCUACUGCAAGUGGGCCUGUGCAGAGGCAGAGGGAGUGAGUUAGGGGUUCCUGGCAUAAGACUGGGAGAAGAACUUGUCUCCACUGUAUGACCAGGUACUGAGCUUGAUUGUAAAAUAGCACAGAGGGCGGUGAGCUGGUCUGAGUAGAGUAGGGAACAUAUUCUCUGCAAUGAACACUCAUGGGAAAGUUUGUGUGUCCAACUUUAUUGAGCUAGCUGCAGGUUGCAGCCUGAAUGGUGGAGCAGCUCACACUUUCUCCUCCACAUGGGUAAGGAUAUAGCUCAACACUUUGUAGUCUAGGUUGUCAGCCACAUCGAUGAGGGAAAACUCUAGCAUCUGAUUCACCUGAGAGUGAGCCCAAGAUAGGUGGGGUAUCGAUGGGGAGCUCACGUUGGUGGAGGGAGGAGGAGGAGGAGGGACAAGGUUCCUAGGUUCAAGCAGCCCAGACACGGUAACUUACAGGCACUGAACUUCAUUCAUUGGUUUCGAGUCUUGUUUGACCUGUUCAGGGAUGAAGAGGGUCAGAUGGCCAAGGGCAAGGCAAGGGGAGGGGCUGGGAAUGUAUGCAAGGUUAGGUCAGAAAAGGGAUUGAAGGAAGUGGGGCAGAGAGGGGUGGGAGAAGGGAAGGUGAAGGGAGAGGGUCAUGGAGGGAAGAAAGGGGUGGGAUACUGGGAGUAAUGUGGUGGUGGGAGUGGCAAAUAAAUGGUACAGACAUGCUGGAAA